UGGUAGUAGUAGAAGUCCUGACUUCACUGACAUGUACUGUUGUGAUUGUCUGUAGUGAAUCUGCCAAAAUGAUGGAUAUAGCUUUCGUUUUGAGAAUGAAUGGCUAACUAACUUAGUGAAUGUGAAAAAGUGUCCCUCAUCAUGUGGACUGCAACGAAAACGAAGAAGUAUGGCGUUGCGGUGUACAAUUGGAAAGGAGAUACCCGAUAUGGACUACCUCUGGAAAUCGGCGAUACAGUCCAAAUCCAUGAGGAGUGUCUCGGCUGGUAUCGAGGAUUUGCAACUAAGAACAGAACUGUUAAGGGCAUAUUCCCGGUGUCGUACAUAUUUAUUAAACCAAGUAAAGUUGACAAUGAAGGACCUGUGGACUCUGUUGUACCAAUUGAAGAUCCUGUUGUACGAGAGGUCACUCUGGUUUUACGAGAGUGGGGAAUCAUCUGGAAGAGGCUUUAUGUGGAGAGAGAGAACUUUAAAUUUACCAACUUAAGAAAGGUCAUGAGGGACCUACUCGACUGGAGGAGACAACUCUUGACUGGGACUCUUACACAGGAUCAAACUCGCGAGCUGAAACUCAAGAUCACUGCAAAAAUUGAUUGGGGGAACAGAAAGCUUGGUUUGGAUCUGGUUCCGAGAUGUGGGGCCGAGAUGGUGGAUCCCGCCAACAUGAGUGUCGUGGAACUGUAUCAUGUACAUGUACAGAGUUUCGAGAACUCACGAGAAGCUUCGUCAAGGGGCACCAUGAAACGGAAGGAAACAAGGAAGGUUUUAACCCAUCAUUUGUCCUUCUGCAUGAGAGACUUUGGUCACCAUAUAGGAGAAGAUACAGAAAUCUACUUUUCUUUAUAUGACACAAAAAAGUCCAAAUAUAUUAGUGAACGGUUUCUAGUCAGAAUAUCUAAGGAUGGAUUUUCCAACUAUGUGGAAAAACUUCAUAGCAAUUGCACUAUUUUUACUGACCUUGGUAAUGCAGAUCUCUGCCAGGAAAUAUACUUAGUGGCACAUGUUAUGAGAGUAGGGCGCAUGCUCUAUUCAGAAUCCUCCAAGAAAUCAAGUUCAGGAACUUCGGGUGGGAGUAGUGCCUUUGCAAAUUCAAAUUUGUUCAGGCGGCCAGUAGGUGUAGCUGUUCACAACAUAAGUGAAUUCCUCGCUUUGGGGCAAAGUCAUCUCUUAAGUGGAUCACCAAAUGCUGGAGGAAGUUACUCGACUAAUACAUUAAGUGCAAGUGGAAACAUGUGGACAUCUACAUCUGCAACCCUAGGAGAAGAAAGAGAAUUCACUAUUAAGGUUUUUCAAGGAGAAGAAAAAGAUUUCUACCAACUUCAUGAACUGAUAAUUAAAAAACAAAGCAACAAAUACAAUGUCUUGUCUGGUCAGAAUUACGGUAUUGGAGUGUCUCUUAAAUUUCUGCACGGUGAGCUGUCUCAAGUACAAGAAGAAAAUCCUCUUCUGUUCAAAAAUAUUUCCCUUACCAAGAAACUCGGAUUUUCUGAUGUCAUCAUGCCAGGAGACAUUCGGAAUGAUUUAUAUUUGACCUUGGAGAGAGGUGAAUUUGAACGUGGAGGGAAGUCAACUGCCAAAAAUAUUGAGGUUACAAUUCUAGUCCUUGACUCUGAUGGCAAACCGCUUGAGAAAUGUCUAUGGGGAGCAUCAGGAUCGGAUGGUACUACUGAAUAUCAAUCUAUGAUUGUUUAUCAUCACAAUUCACCUUCGUGGAUGGAAACUGUUCGUCUGGCUGUUCCUAUUGACAAGUUUUAUGGAUCCCAUGUUCGCCUGGAGUAUCGUCACUGUUCAACCCGAGAAAAGGCAGACAACAAGAAGUUGUUUGGGUUUUCAUUUGUCCGUCUCAUGGAGCCUGGAGGUGCAACCUUGGGUGAUCGAUCUCAUGAGCUUUACAUUUACAAAUGUGAAGACCGCUCGAGGCUAAAUGAUCCUCAAGUCUAUCUUUCACUAUCCUCUGGUGCUUGGGAAGGUAUUGGGCAAUCAAAUUCAACUGCAUUUGGUCGAAGUCACAAAGAAACUGUGUUUAUAAAUACCUUACUGUGUUCUACAAAGCUCACUCAAAAUGCUGAUCUACUGUCCUUGCUACGGUGGAAAGAUUAUGAACGCCCUCAAACUGUACAGGAUGCACUCACUAGUGUGUUGCGUUUAAAUGGAGAAGAAAUUGUGAAAUUUUUGCAAGAUGUUCUUGAUGCUCUUUUUGCAAUGUUUUCAACAGAAGAUGGAAAUUCAACAACUCACUCUGGUCUUGUUUUUCAUGUCCUAGUAAGCAUAUUUAGUCAUCUAGAAGAUAGCAGGUUUGAACAUUUCAGACCUGUAAUGGAUGCUUACAUAAAGGGUCAUUUUGCUGCUGCAUUGGUAUAUAAAGGACUCAUGACAAGUGUUCAGCACUGUGCGGAACGUGUUAGUUCUACUGAUAAACAAGAACCUAUGCAAAAGUGCUUUGGCUCCCUAGAGUAUAUAUUCAAAUUUAUCAUUGAAUCCAGACUGUUAUUCUCAAGGGCGACUGGAGGGCAGUAUGAAGACAGUUUUCGAAGAGAUUUGUACUUGGUUUUCAAUGCAUUGACCAAAAUGUUAGGUACUUCUUAUGAAGUUAUUCUUCCCACUCAAGUAGCACUUCUUCAUUCUAUAAGUGCUGUUUUGGAACAGCUCACUCAAGUCUUACAUGUUCCUGAAGUGAGUCACUUAGCCUCAAACAUGCUAGAAAGCCUUCCCACAAGAGAUCUUUCUCCGCAAUUAACUCAAGCUAAACUUGUAGCUGUUAGAAAUUUGGUGACAAGCAAACUCUUUCAGCAUGAUGAGUCUCGUAGCCAGUUAUUGGGAAUGUGCUGCAAACAGCUCAGAAUGCAUCUUGCUCAUCGUGAUGAGUUACGUCUUUGCACUGAGAUAUUGGGUGAAAUAUUGGGCUACUUGUUCAAACAAAGACAGUCUCAACUUCAAGAACAAGGCAAAGUGAAUAACUGCCUUCAUCAUGAUGUUGAAAUUCUUUGCCUUCACAUACUUGAUAUAUUGGUUCAAACAGUUCUCAUUAUAAUCGACCGCCCAACACCUGUCCUUGGUAGCUUGGUUGCUUGUCUCAUCGGACUUCUACAGCUAUUAGAUGAAUAUCACUAUUCUAGCCUUUGGGAAGAUCUUGGAGACCACAAACCCACUAAGGACUUCUUGCUCAGAGUCUUUCUAGUGUUCCGGGACCUUGUGAAGCAAGAGGUCUUUCCCUCAGAUUGGCUUAUCAUCAAAAUGGUUGCAAACCAAGUAAUUCUCAAUAGCCUGAAAGAGCUAUCUGAACCAUUAGUUUCAAAGUUUCUUGAUGAUGGAAGAUGUCACCAUUUUGACAAUCAACUUUGGACUCAGUAUUUCAAUCUUGCUGUUGCAUUUUUAACUCAGCCUUCGCUGCAAUUAGAACAAUUUAGCGAGGUGAAACGUGAGAAAAUGAUGGAAAGAUAUGGUGAUAUGAGAGUUUUAAUGGGUUUCCAAAUUUUAAAUAUGUGGUCUAGACUAGGAGAACACAAAAUAAAAUUUAUACCCCACAUGGUGGGACCAUUCUUAGAGGUCACUCUAGUCCCAGAAGCUGAACUUCGGAAAGCUACCCUACACAUCUUUUUUGAUAUGAUGGAAUGCGAGCAGAGAGCCCGUGGAAAUUUCAAACAGGUGGAGUCAGAACUUAUUGAUAAACUUGACAUUCUUAUAAGUGAGAACAAGGGAGAUGAUGAAUAUCGACAACUAUUCAACACAAUGGAACAUCUCAGUGCUGUAUUGCUUCAACAAGUCCAAAAUAAAGAUCCAACAUGGAAAGAGAGUGGUACUGCAUUCAUAAGUUCUGUAACUAGGCUACUUGAAAGGCUUUUGGACUAUCGAAGUGUAAUGCAGGGUGAUGAAAAUCGUGAUAAGCGGAUGUCCUGCACUGUUAAUUUACUAAACUUUUAUAAGAACGAGAUUAAUAGGAAAGAAAUGUACUUGCGAUACAUAUAUAAGUUGCAUGACCUCCACUUCCCUGCUGAGAACUUUACGGAGGCUGGAUUCACUAUGAAAUUGUAUGCUGACCAACUGACUUGGAAUUCUACACCUCUCAGUGGAGACCCUCAUCACAACAAUAUGUCGGAGUGUCAAAGAAAACAGCAUCUAUACAUGCAAAUAAUUAAUUAUUUUGACAAGGGGAAGUGUUGGGAAAAAGGAAUUCCUCUCUGCAAAGAACUUGCAGAGCUGUAUGAAAAGAAACUGUUUGAUUAUGGAAAACUAAGCAAUAUUUUAAAGACCCAGGCCAAAUUUUUUGAUAAUAUACUUACCCAGCUGAGGCCAGAACCCGAAUACUUUCGUGUUGGAUUUUAUGGACUGAGUUUUCCCCUGUUUGUUAGGAAUAAAGUAUUUGUAUAUAGAGGUUUAGAGUAUGAGAGAAUUGGAGCGUUUACUCAGAGAUUACAAACUGAGUUUCCUGCAGCUCAGAUUCUGAUGAAAAACACUCCACCUGAUGACAGUAUUAUUAAUUCAGAAGGACAGUAUAUUCAAAUAUGCAAUGUUAAACCAAUACCAGAGCUAAACCCGGUGUUUAGCUCUGAAGGUGCUCUUCCAUCUGAUAUACCUGAGAAAAUAACAAGUUUCUAUGAGGUGAAUGAUGUGAAAAGAUUCCAGUUUGACAGACCUAUUCAUAAAGGAACAGUUGAUAAAGAAAAUGAAUUCAAGAGCUUAUGGUUAGAACGAACAACCCUGGUAAUUGCAUCAUCAUUGCCUGGUAUUUUGAGGUGGUUUGAAGUUGUAGAGCGUACUGUAGAGGAGAUCACUCCUGUUCAGUUUGCAUGUGAAACAAUGGAAACAGUGAACAAAGAACUAAGACAACUCAUAUCUCAAUAUGAACAAGACUCAAAGCGCAACAUCAAUCCAUUUACCAUGCGAUUGCAGGGAAUAAUUGAUGCUAAUGUGAUGGGUGGCAUUGCAAAAUAUCAGCAAGCCUUUUUUUCUCCUGAAUUUUCAAAAUCAAAUCCUGAAUGUGCUGAACAUGUGUACUCCCUGAAAACUUUGAUUUUAGAACAGGUACACAUUCUUUCAAAUGCAUUAGCAUUGCAUGGCCAACUGGCUCCUCCAGGUGUACAGCCACUACACCGUCGUUUGCAAGAGCGACUGGGCCAGAUGGAACAAGGCCUGCGAGAGCUCAGUUCUGGACUUAGUUUGCCCAGACAUUGGGGUACUAACCAACAUAGCAUUGUUCACACUCCACUUCCUCCAUUACCAAGUGAGAAAAGAAUGCCAAUGGAUGGUAUCAGCAAUCGUUCCUCAUGCAGCAGUGGAGCAUAUGGUCAUUUUAUUUCAAACGAUCACUUUGGAGGAUCAGAAGUUGAUGAUGAUACUAUUUACAGCAAACCAAUGGACAUGAAUGGAGUUAACUCACCACCUGCUAUACCCCAACGUGAUUUAAGACCAAGGUCAUCAAACUUUACAUCUAAUUCGGCGGGAAGCACAGCCAGGACCCCUACAAGAGGAACUUUAGACUAUUCAUCUUUACCACCUAUGAAGUCAAGGAUGGAGUCCCAUGUGGAUGGGGAAAUUCAACGUCCCCCAAAACCUAGUCAUCAGAGAUCAUUGAGCAUCAGCAGACCAGACAGUCCUAAACCCUUAGCUUUGCGCCAUUCCUUGCCCACACCCACUGAUGGUGUUCUUUCAACGUGGGAUGGUGCUACCACACCAAAUACUGGGGAAGAAGCUCCACCUCUACCACCAAGGGGUUGCACUCCUGAUAAACGAGGUUUGUACAUUGACACAGGUCAACAACCACCAGCCCCACCUCGGAGACCUUUGAGCAAGAAGGGAUCAGCACCAACUAUGUUCAACUCUGAGUCCUCUAUGGAUUUAAACCUCGACAUUUCUGAUGGAUAUGGAGAGGGCACUAACACUCCUUUGACUACACCUGUUACCCCUGGUGCACCAACUGGUGAUGAUUCUGGUUUGGGUGAUGUUACUCCUACACCUUCUUCUGCACCAACUCCAACUUCAGCCACACCCUUAUCUGCACAGCACUUCAACAAUCUUUCUUAUGAAGACUUUGAAUUUACAUCCCGCACUCCUUCUAAUAACUUGGGCUCAAGAUCUGACACGAGUCAAGACCCGAUGAACAUUGUUCCCCCUGUUCUUUCUCCACGCAGUCAAAUUAUUGCAGCUCCUCCUCCUAUACCACCGAAAGCACUAAGUAACAUAACAACUAGUGUGGAGUCCAUAGCUUCCCAAGAUACGUCAGACCGUUCAGAUUCAGGUUCAUGUCGAGGAUCCACUGGCUCUGGGGGAUCAGGUUCAGGUGUAGAGAAUUAUUCUGUCCCUCGGCUGCAAACUACCCCAGUCAGCAUAACUGUGGAUGGUUCUUGUUCUUCCAAUAAUUUGUCAUCCUAAAAUGGACACCCCAACUCUUUCCUCUUGUGAAGCAAUAUCAUCAUGUGCCAUACGCAUUGAGUCAUAGAUAAAUCUUCUGUCCUAGCAGACAGUUAUUCUGUUUGAGGAUUAAAUUGUUAUGUAAAAAUAUGAAAUGCUGAGUUUUAUGGAAUUCUGAGGAAUGUUGCAUAUGAUGGGUCAUUUCUUUCCCUUUACGUAUUGUUUUUUUUUACAUAUCAAUGUCUUUGUAUACUUUUUAUCAUUAUUAUUUUUACUGUCCACUCCUUUAAGGCUUGGAUGUUUGUAUAUUUUUUACAAAACUUUCUACCAAAGCAAAUAUGAAAUUGUGAUUAAGGUACUGUGUAAAUAUAUUUUAUAUUCUAUUCUAUGAGGUAGUUGUGCUUGGUUGUGAGAAAACAAAUAUGUAAUUAUGAUUAUGACCUCCCGCUUAUCAAGAAAUUAUGUAUUGGUCAUGAUUUAGAAAUAUUCCUGGUUUUACAUAUUUGGUUGCAAUUGAUAAUUUGAUUACGUUCAGCCAUGUAUUAAUCAUAAUCGCCUACCAAAGUUUUACUUAUCAGGUCAAAUUGAUUACUACUCAGUAUUUAGAUUGUAAAGGGUAUGCAAUUUGCAAUUUGUUUGCUCCACAGCUAUUGUCAGGUCAUGUUUUAUUUGUCAGCACUCUAUGUUCUUUACAGAACACUCCACAUACAUGAGUUGUACAAUGUUGUUUUUAAAAAUUAUGAAGUAUAUUUCGCAGUGAUGAAAAUCUCCAAACUCAGUAGAAAUGUGUCUACCUCUGAUGUGUCACUCAGUUACUUGGGCUUUUUAGAUUUUUAAAGAUUUUUAGGAAUAGCCCCCUUUCCUCCAACCUUUCUGCCAAAUUUAACAUGCAACACUCAAAAUGUGUGUACUGUUGGUGGAUAUUUACUGCCAAAUUAUUCUUCCACAUUCUUGAAACAAUUCUUUUUAACAGAUAGCUACUUAUUUUGUAUACAUUGUCAUGAUAACAUUCUAUUCAUAUUAACGAUGGUUGUGUGAUUUUUAAAUUUUAGGCUUGUAUCUGCAUACUUUUAUAUUUUACUACAAUUGAUCAUGGGUCAGUAUUAAUUAAAUAAUGUUUGCUCUCGUUUAGUACAAAACUGAGCUGUUUACAAAGAAGGUCCCAAGACAAGCUAAUUUUACAACUUUUGGAGCAAUGUGUACCCAAGCUUUUUUACAUGAGAACUAUAAAUUGCCUCAUGAACAUUCCUUCAUUUUGUAACAAUUAGUUGAAUUGUGACUCAAAGAGUUACCUUAGCGCUUUACAGAAUUCAUUGUUUCUUUCAUUAUUCAAUAUUUGCAUUGUAAUCAUUCUUGCUUGGAGUGGUAAUUAAGUAUCUAAUGUGGCACUGCAUGGAAUCGAUCCUUGAAUCGCUGAAUGUGCAUAAAAGCUUGCUGGGCUCAGGUAGGGGAUAAUUGAUACCCGAGGCAUUGGAACUGGCAUUCAAUACUUUCCGAACGGCUGGGGUAGGGCACCCCAUGGGCUUGUGGCCUUGCUCGCACGCCGUCGCAUUCCUCCCCGCGUCUGAAUUUCCGCCUACUCGAACCAGCUCUUUAUUCGAUGAAAAUUCUUCAAGUUUGCCAUGGCCAACAGAUUAUUCUGACCCCAACGUAUUUGCUUCAAAUAUAAUAUUGCAUUUAUUGGUUAUUCCCUUCUUAAACUUUUAAUCGUAAGAUGUACACUUAAUUUUAAGAUGACUAGAUGGGUUUCUAAAAUUUUAAAAACAGUAUUUGUGUUUCUUAGUUGAUGAUUUACUUCCAUCUAGUAUCAGUCAACCUGAUGUUUUUGUUUUUUUUUAACUGGUAGAGGAGCAAUCCCCUUCAACAACCACCUAUUGUAUCUAUUACUUUUCAUAUUUUACCAACCAAUUUUUUCUAGAAAUUAAAGUUCUCAAUUUUUACUGCUUUCUGAAGCGAUUUCCAAUUAUAUUUAUAUACAUCUAUAUGUGUAAGUAGAAUAAUACCCCUAUAAGUCCAUGAUCAGUUUUCUCUCUUGUAAUGAUAAUUUUUGAUUUAAAAGCUAGUCAAUCAGAAGCUGUUGCAGAUUAGUGACUAAUUUUUAAAAUGUUAUUUUUGUUUGUUUUGUGGAUUGGAGAUAUCAUUUUAGUUUGUACCAUUGGCAGAUGAUCUGAUGUCAUCUAUGCGAUUUGGGCUGGGAUGUUCCACAGCAGCCCCAAACCGAGUGUGCCACAAAUUUCUUGUUUAUAAUGGUAAGAUGUCAAUAAAAAAAUGGAGGUUUUUCAUUCUUCUUCAACUCAAAAAUAAAUGUACCAGUGUCAUUCAAUGAAAUUUAAAGUAGAUAAAGUCUUUAAUCUAGAGCUUGUUAGUGCCCUUAAAAGAAGUUUGAUGUGAAUCUUGUCUACUGUAUGUGAUUGAGUUUUGAAGACUGAUGAAGGCUUAGUGGGUUUGUGUGGAUGGUGUGGAGUGGGCCCAUUGAGAUUUGGUUUGGCCUACCAUAUUUCAAGAUGGAUGGAUAGAGUUGUGUCAUCCUUUCUUGAGAAAUAUGGAACAUUGUCUUUUACCUGGUUAGUAAAUAAAACCACAGGCUGUUUAAUGGCCUCGACAUGCAUUAA